AUUUCUCGCUUUCUGUCUCUCUGUCUCUGUCUGUCUGGCGAGCGCACGCACCCUAUAGCAAAAUCCAUCGAGUCUAUGGACAGGAUUUCUCAACUGGAAUCUCUUACCUCCUACAUGGCUCUUAACCCUUGGCAUCUGCUACCACUUAUCUGCAGGAAGACAUUCACAUAGAUGACCAAACACAAAACGCGUGUGUGCCAGGCUGCAAAUGAAUGUGAGCAGAGGCCGUGGGAUGUGGCUUAUGAUAUUCCGUGCCAUGGACGUGACAACUCGAGUUCCCAUCGUGGUCCACUCUGGCUUGUGGGGAGUGGAGUCAGCCUUUUCUGGCUUUUCCAGCAGCCCUGCAUCCCUCCAUAUUGCAUGGUGGAGGGGCUCUGAGUGACCAGGUGGCCACAUAGGAGGACAGCUUGACUGCUAAGAGCCUGCCAGCCUGCUCCAGAGGUCUCUGAUUCCUGGGCCGAACCUUGGGGGACAUUGGGGAAAAUGUCCCCCGGGGCAGGGUCAGACGGUGGGGAGACUUUCAGGAGGGUGGAGAUUGAGAGAAAAGAAAAUGGAACUCAUGCCAGAAAUGAUAAAAAUAGAGGUCAGAAACUUGGGGGAUUUUUCUCAAGCCAGAAUCCCAAUCCUGAUUGUCCAUCUUUAAGUCUUACUGUCCACGUGUGGGUCUCUCUUACCCCUCCAGGUGCCUUUUCCUUGUCUGUGAAGGACGUCACCGCCCAGGGGGAGAUGAUCAAGCACUAUAAGAUCCGCUCCCUGGAUGAAGGGGGCUAUUACAUCUCCCCUCGCAUCACCUUCCCGUCCCUGCAGGCCCUGGUGCAGCACUAUUCUGAGAAAGGGGAUGGCUUGUGCCAGAGGCUGACGGGGCCCUGUGUGGGCCUGGCUCCGCAGAACCCCUGGGCCCAGGACGAGUGGGAGAUCCCCCGGCAGUCUCUCAAGCUGGUCAGGAAACUGGGGUCUGGGCAGUUUGGAGAAGUUUGGAUGGGUUAUUACAAGAACAAUGUGAAGGUGGCCAUCAAGACCUUGAAGGAGGGCACCAUGUCUACAGAAGCCUUCCUGGGUGAGGCCAACCUGAUGAAAACGCUCCAGCACGAGCGACUGGUCCGGCUCUACGCCGUGGUCACCAAGGAGCCCAUCUACAUCGUCACCGAGUACAUGGCCAGAGGAAACUUGCUGGAUUUCUUGAAGACUGAUGAAGGUAGCAGGUUGUCCCUCCCGAGACUGAUUGACAUGUCAGCCCAGAUUGCCGAAGGGAUGGCAUACAUCGAGCACAUGAACUCCAUCCACCGCGACCUGCGGGCGGCCAACAUCCUGGUGUCUGACACUUUGUGCUGCAAAAUCUCCGACUUUGGCUUGGCCCGGAUCGUGGACAGUGAAUACACCGCCCAAGAGGGGGCCAAGUUCCCCAUCAAGUGGACUGCCCCGGAAGCCAUCCACUUCGGGGUGUUCACCAUCAAAGCAGACGUGUGGUCAUUCGGAAUCCUCCUGAUGGAGAUCGUCACUUACGGCCGGGUGCCAUACCCAGCCUGGAGCGGGGCUACCGCAUGCCGCGCCCCGACACGUGCCCGCCGGAGCUGUACCGCGGCGUCAUUGCAGAGUGCUGGCGGAGCCGGCCGGAGGAGCGGCCCACCUUCGAGUUCCUGCAGUCGGUGCUGGAGGACUUCUACACCGCCACCGAGCAGCAGUACGAACUGCAGCCCUAGGGCCCGGCGCCCGCGCAAGGAAGGGUGGGGUCGCACCUGCCGCACACCUGGCAGAGAAGGAUGGAACUGGAGAGAUCCAGCCCCGACAAGCUGCAGAGGCAGAGGGGCAGGGGGACUAAGGAAGCAGAGGUUAGAGGUGGGUCAACGGGUGGACUCUGGCGGGGCAGAGUUGCAGUCCCCGCCUCAGCGGGCUGUGUGCCGCUGGCCAGUUACUCAGCCUCUCUGUGUCCCCACUUCCUCAUUCACUGAAGCCAGAAGGACCGUGGGAAUACCUACCUCCUACGUUCAUCUUGGGGCCUAAAUUAAUUACACGCGGCAGGUGUUCAGAGCAGUGCCUAGCGCUCUUUUAGUUUUGAUGUUUUUGCUAUAGGGCAUGUGCGCUCACCAAAGAGAGACAGGCGGACAGAAGGAAAGUGAGAAAGCACCCCUGAGGGGUGGUGGCCCUAGGCAAUCCCUCCUCCACCCUCCUCUCCAGAUGUUAGGCACACACACACUCUUGCCUGGCCGAGGUCUGGCCCAGUCCGCCAUGUGGGAUCCAGCUGCCGUGACCACGGCCACCUGCUGGCCCACGGCCACCCUUAAGUGAUGCCAAGCUCCAAGUCAUCCUCAGUGACUGGGGCGCCAGCUGAUCUGACCUGUGGGGACCUCGCCUCCAGCUGCUCCCUUCUGCUACCCCAGAAGCAGGACUGGGUCCUCCAGGGGGGUUGUUCUAGGAGCACCGCGUGACGCAAACUGUGCUGGAGCACUUUGGGGCUUUUUCGUAAUAAAGUCUCGAGA